AUGAGAAACGACACACCAAUAACAACUUUUAUCCUGCUGGGAUUAACAGAUGACCCACAGUUACAAAUUCUGCUUUUUAUCUUCCUAUUUCUCACCUACGUAUUCAGUGUAAUAGGGAAUCUGACUAUUAUCACCCUCACAUUGUUGGACUCCCAUCUUAAAACUCCCAUGUACUUUUUCCUCAGAAAUUUUUCCUUCUUAGAAGUCUCAUUUACCACUGUUUGCAUUCCUAGAUUCCUGUACAGUAUAUCAACUGGGGAUAAUACCAUUAGCUAUAAUGCUUGUGCAAGCCAAAUAUUUUUUGUUAUUUUCUUCGGAGCAACAGAAUUUUUUCUCCUGGCAGCCAUGUCCUAUGACCGCUACGUUGCUAUCUGUAAACCCCUUCAUUACAUGACCAUCAUGAACAAUAGGGUCUGUACCUUAUUAGUCCUCUGCUGCUGGGUGUCUGGCUUGAUGAUCAUCCUCCCACCCCUUAGCCUGGGCCUCCAGCUGGAAUUCUGUGACUCCAAUGCCAUUGAUCAUUUCAGCUGCGAUGCAGGUCCCCUCCUAAAGAUCUCCUGCUCAGAUACAUGGGUAAUAGAACAAAUGGUUAUCCUUGUGGCUGUAUUUGCACUCAUUAUCACCCUAGUGUGUGUGUUCCUGUCCUACACAUACAUCAUUAGGACAAUUUUGAGGUUUCCCUCUGUCCAACAGAGAAAAAAGGCCUUUUCUACUUGCUCAUCCCACAUGAUUGUGGUUUCCAUCACCUAUGGCAGCUGCAUCUUCAUCUACAUCAAGCCCUCUGCAAAGGAUGAGGUGGCCAUAAAUAAAGGUGUGUUCGUGCUCACUACUUCAGUUGCACCCUUGUUGAACCCCUUCAUUUACACCCUAAGGAAUAAGCAAGUGAAACAAGCCUUCAGUGACUUCAUAAAGAGGAUAAUAUUUCUCUCAACGAAACAGAAGCUUUGA